AUGCUCACGAUGAUCCUACGCUCCCUCGCGUCCCGCCCAAGAAAGCGCCCAAAUUCCUCAAGAUAAGAAUAAUAACAUGGAACAUGCAUGAUUCCCUCCCAAAGGGUGACCUAGAAGACCUUCUCGGGAGCGUCCCUCCUUACAAGCCUGAUCCCAACCUUGACGAGAACUCGGACGUACCAACCUUUAACUCCGACGCUAGUCACCCAUAUCACCUUAUUGUCAUUGCAGGACAAGAAUGUCCGAGUUCUUCAGGACUUCCCAUAGGUUUGAACGGGCUGAACUUUCGCCUCAGAGACAAGGAGAAGGACAAAGACAAGGAAAAGGGCAAGGAAGCUGAUAAAGACAAGGACGUUGAAAAGCCUCAGAUAAAUCACGCUAUCCACAAUGUUCGGAGGAACACGAAAGACUCGGAUCACAUGAAGGAAUUAGUCAACAGCUUACUAACCCCAGAUAAACCAGAUGAGAUCGUCGUUCAACAGCCUUCGGGAUGGACAUCAAUAUUGGAACACUGGUUCUGUCACCGGUCACAGGCGAGCGCCGUAGACAUGGAAGAAAGCAGCUCGAAGGAAAACUUCAUAUCCCCGAAGCGUAUCUCGUUGCACCGACGAAUGACCCUCAAGGAGCAGGAAAAAGGGCCAUAUGUACCAUUUAUUAAGGACAGGCUCAUGGGUCUCUACCUAUCUAUCUUUGUUCACCGAGACGUCGAACACCUUGUCAAUGGCUCAUCAAAGUCAUUCGUUACUGCAGGCCUCAUUGGCGGGCGCGUAGGUAAUAAGGGUGGUGUGGGGAUAAGUUUAGACAUCGCUGGAUCCACCUUCCUCUUUCUUAACGCGCACCUUGCUGCUCACGAAGGUCGAGUACAUCACCGCCUAGCUAAUCUUGCGAAGAUCAAGGGUGAGCUUGCUGUCAGCGAUUUCCUCCAAGCCGACGACGAGCGCGUCAUGGCCGAAGAUGUUACAGACAAGUUUGAUUUCACUUUCCUAUUCGGCGAUCUGAAUUUUCGCCUGGACAUUACCCGCCUUCAUGCUGAUUGGCUUAUAUCAAGGCAAGAGUACGCCCAGGCUCUUGCUUUCGAUCAACUACGAGAGCAGAUGAAUAAGGGAACAGCAUUCACUGGUUUCCAGGAGGCGCCCAUUAACUUCCCGCCAACCUUCAAGUAUGACGUCGUAAGCCGGUCGAAGACCAAGACCUCACGGCGGCAGAGUAAGCGCUCUUUGGUCGAUAGAGAUAUGAUGGAGUCUGAGGCGGGAAGGGAGACCGGUGCGGAAGAUGACGAGAACGAGGAGGACAAUGACAAUGAUGUGCGCUCGCUCACUUCGUCCCUGCGCACAUCAAGUGCAUCCAAAGGCAUGCUGCACGAUGGAGAUGAAGAUGAUUAUUACGCAAGUCUCAGCUCGAGUCCCGCGCUUAGUGGUAUCAACGAGCGCAGUGGGGCAGCACUGACAGCUGCUGCGCAGAAGGCGAAGAUGAAGUGGAAAUCGUUGAUCUCCUCCCCACCUUCCCCGGUCGCUCCGAGGACACCUCCCAAGUGGUUGCUCGGAAACUCCCAGCCGCUCAUCAUCAAUGAGCAGCCCCCGUCAUCUAACGCGUCAGGAGACCUUAGGCCAUUUCCGGGGAGAUCAUUCGAGCUUUUGUCGGUCUCUGCUCAAGCGUCCGAGGGCAAUCUACUGGCUCCUCCCUGUCCACGUUCCAAUUCUAGAGGGCCAUCGUCGGUCAAAUCCGCGCCGCAGCGCCUUGAUGAGGACAGUGACAGAGGUGUGUAUGACUCUUCGCACAAGCAACGUGUUCCAAGUUGGUGCGACCGCAUAUUAUGGAAGUCAACGAUCCAGCCAGACCUGGAGGACAUUGAAGUGCCCUCCGCUGAUCCCACGAGGCCCAAUCGUCUUGCCGCCUUUUUAUCUCAGCUCGCCUCUCGUGUCAGACGGAAUUCCAUGGACGGCAUGUCCUCGGUAGUCGCUGUAGAAGGCGGAGAAUCUCCGAAGCUCAAAAUAUCCACGGAGUCUCCUUCAAGGCGGACUUCUCUCACUGCCACUGGCCCCAAACCAGCCAUCGUUCGCCCGGUGAGAAGGUCACGGUCGAGUGAAAGCUUCGAAAAAGACGACAGCUUGGCUCAGACGAAACUAGAGCGCCGGCUGUCAGCGCCCCGCGUCACUUCCCAGCCGUCUACCAUCCGAGAGCAGACGAUGCUCUUGCCGACGGCUCCGGCUGCAGCAACACCUCCUUCUGCUCGGUGGAAACUUUUUUCAUUCCGCAAGGAGGCCUCUCAGACUGCGAACUCCGAAAGGGCACCGACUCCUGCUUUAGGUCAGCGCCCUCCUGCAAAGGGCGACGUGGUCUGUCUGUCCUAUGAUACCCUCGAUGAUGGCGGCAUGCGCAGGCUACAGGGCCGCAGUGAUCAUCGACCAGUGAUAGGUUCUUACGCAGUGUAUAUCUGACCGUUUCUUUUUUCCAAUUCCUCAUUCACGUACUCACGGCACUCUUUAUACCCAUAACAUUAACGACGAUGGCUCUCUGGAUAAGCUACCUUAUAUUUUAC